GUAAUUUAGCUAUAAAAGACGAUGUCCAGCGACAUUCUCUUGUUCAUCGCCUGUAGAGAACUUCUUGCUUAUAAGUCGAACAGACCGGCAAUGUCGCCCGUGUUUUAUUUCGCCUUUCUCGUCGGAGUUGGUUUCUUAGCAACGAGUGAUGUCUAUUGCAUCACCAACAAGGACUUCCUCGAGUUAGCGAUUAAAUAUGGAGCUGUUCAAACUGAAGACUUCUACGUAAAUGACGUCAUUCAGAAGGAUGAUGACGUUAUCUUUCUCCCGGGAAACCUGGAUGACGAGCUUGACGUAAUUGCCUUAAUUGGACAGUUGGGAAUCACCUUCUCCGAGGAUGGUUCAGACAUCGAACUCGCAAAUCUACGUGGUGUAUCAUGCAAAUGCCGACACUACACCUGUAGUUGCUGCGCAUGGCUAAGUUUCAGGGUUUUCCGGAGGUCUUUAAAAUUCACGGGAUGCAUCAGCCUCACCUACUUGCGGAAAAACAUUGGAUUCCUUCUGUCUAUAAGAUUGAAUGAAAGAAAUGUGUUCAGCCACGAGAUAUCGCUUGCCAACCCGCCACCACUGUGCUUCCCAAUCCCCAAAAUCAAGAUUGUCCAGGCCUGCAUCGAGCUCUACAAUAUAAACUAUCGACAGAAAAGUCUCUGUGUUAGAAUUGUCGGAAGAGUUAAACUCUGGAUAAAGAAAUUUAGCUUCGUCCGUGUCAACUUCGGCUGUUUCCGUGUGCGGUCUCUUACCAAAGACCAAUUUGUUCAGUUGGCGGAAAUUGCCAGCUCUCAGAACUUGACCUCUACACCCACAGGAAAUUGGCCAUCAAUGAUCGAUGACACUGAUGAGGAGACGGAACUAUCUGAGCUGAUCCGACUUCUACGAGGCAUGGUCACAGAUUAUUAGAAAACACAUACGACAACCCAACGAACGCACCUCCGAGUCCAUCUGGUUUUUUUUUUCUAUGUUUUUUUUUUCAAGUUUAUGCAUUGUAAUUGCGUAGCGACUUUAUUGUACCUAAUGAAAUGUGUUUCGCCUUAUUCUGGAUAAUACGUUUAAAAGGUGUUAUUGUUUGAACGCGCGUACAAAAAGCCGUAACAAAAAUUAUGUGUUUCCAAUUGACCGACCAACUCUUAUUUUGAUGUCCCGACCUUAAAAAACUUUGUUUUUGUAUUCCACGUUAAUCUUUCGAUCAUGUUUGCAACACUCCAUGAUACUCGUUGUGUACAAAUAACGUGUAAUUAGUGAAAAAAAGGUUUAACGAAAAAAAUAAUCGGCAGACCUAACUACCCUGGUUUGGUAGACGCUAAUGAAAACUUACACGUUAUUUUCCUAUCCUAUCGUACAUCAACCAAUGUCCUGAUGCAGCUAAUUUAACCGAAUGUAUUUCUUCUAGACGACUAUAACAUGUAGUAUAGUCCUUGAACACAAAUAAAAAAAAUAACAUAGUGUCCGAUGACUAAUUUCGAGAAAUACCUUUUAAGAUGUUUCCGUAUAUGUUGCCCCGAACAUCAUUUCGUUUGCUAAUUUCGGAAACUUAUUUUGUCUAGUAUCCCAAUUUAUUGUCAUAAUGAGUGCAUGAAGAAACACCGACAAAAAACAAACAUUUAGAUCUUAGUCAAAUUUCCCAAAAUCGUACAUUUUGCCAAUUGUAUUUGUUCUAAGUUACGAACUGUAUUAGCUCUGUCAGUUUAAGUGAACAUGUUUUGCUUUUUGUCGUAAAAAAUGAGUGAACAGAAGGUAGUUAAGUCAUGUUGGAUAUAGUUAGUACAUCAAUUAUGAUAAUUCCUGGCGUAUGCAUCUAUGUCACUAUGUGCAAUACUGUUAUAUAAUAUCAUCUAUGUCGCUAUGUGCAAUACUGUUAUAUAAUAUCUCUCUUUCUGAUAUAUUUUCUGUUUCUAUAGUAACAUUUUGCUACUUGGCCGGCGAAACUAACUUAAUACAUACGAGUUCUUGUAAGCAAGAAAACUUUAUUGUAUUAAUAAAAGAGUUGAAUUGCAGCUUGUUUAAAAAAAAGUCUGAGUGUUUUUCUGUUCUAGAGAUCCUACAACAAAUUUAAUUUACACAUUUCGGUUAUGUUUGAAUUGUUAGCAUAAAUCUGAUAAACAUGUUUGAUUAGUAAUGCUAUUAAAAGCACGUGGAAGAUGCCAUACCAGCACGUGGAAGAUGCCAUACCAAUCAAUACAUUACCGCAUAAGUAGUGUGGAAGAUGCCAUACCAAUAAAUACAUUACCGAAUAAGUAGUGCUGGUGCAUGUAAAUUAUGCUUCUUCCCAAAAUCGUAUCAUAAGGUCAAUGUGUUGUACAUUGUUUUGUAUGCCGUGCCUGGUUUUGCAUAGUGUUAUUUUUUUACAAGAUACUGUAACAUAUGAAGACAACCUACA